CUGCAUCGGGAUCUUACGAGUUCUCUCUUUUAAAUAAAUUAGUAAAUUCCCAAUAAAAGUCACUGUUAAAUUUUUUUCUCAAAGUCGAUACCUUUUUCUUCUCAAAGUCACCACAAUUCCACAAAACCCUUAAUUGAAAUUGAAUCCCAAGAAAGAGAGAGAGAGAGAGAAAGAGAGGAUUUUGAUUAAUUUAAGCCUGGACCCUGAAGUCCCCACACAAGGCUUCGAUGGAUCCCAAGAACCUAAAUCGACACCAAGUACCAAAUUUCUUGAACCCAUCAUCACAACCACCACCGCGGAACCAGGGCAUGGGACUUGACGACGACAACAACAUCAACAAGGACGAGAAUCGGAAAUCAUCAUCUACUACUGAGAUUAAAGAUUUCCAGAUCGUGGUCUCUGCUUCUUCCGACAAAGAACCGAACAACAGUAGUACUAAGAAGAGUCAGAACCAGCUUGGUCCUAAGAGAAGCUCUAACAAAGACAGACAUACUAAAGUCGAAGGUAGAGGUCGGAGGAUCAGGAUGCCUGCCCUUUGUGCUGCUAGGAUUUUUCAAUUGACUAGAGAAUUGGGUCACAAAUCUGAUGGUGAAACUAUCCAGUGGCUGCUUCAACAAGCUGAGCCGUCGAUUAUUGCAGCUACUGGUUCUGGAACUAUACCUGCCUCUGCUUUAGCUUCUGCUGCUGCCUCUGUUUCUAACCAUCAUCAUCAAGGUGGGUCUCUUACUGCUGGUUUAAUGAUCAGUCAUGACUUAGUAGACGGUGGUGGUUCUAGUAGUGGUAGACCACCAAACUGGGGUAUUGGUGGCGGUGAAGGAGCUUCUAGGUCUAAUUUACCAACUGGGUUGUGGCCAAAUGUAGCUGGGUUUGGUUCUGGUGUGCCAACCACUGGGUUGAUGAGUGAAGGUGCUGGUUAUAGAAUUGGGUUUCCUGGUUUUGAUUUUCCUGGUGUUGGACCUAUGAGUUUUGCUUCCAUUUUGGGUGGUGGUGGUGGGAAUACUCAUCAGAUGCCUGGACUUGAGUUGGGGUUGUCUCAGGAAGGGAAUGUUGGUGUUUUGAAUCCACAGUCUUUUACUCAGCUUUAUCAACAGAUGGGUCAAGCUCAAGCUCAGGCUCAAGCUCAAGGUAGGGUUCUUCAGCAUAUUCAUCAUAACCAUGAAGAUCAUCAGCAAGAGAGUGGUGAGAAAGAUGAUUCUCAAGGCUCAGGGCGUUAAAGUAUUGGUUUUUAUCUUCUGGAUUUGAAAAAGCUUUUGGCUUUUGUUUUGUGAUAAUAUUGUUGUAAUUUUGUACCAACCAUGGAGAAGAAAAGAAAAGGUUAUAUACUGAGUGAGAAUGGUAAUCUAUACUUAUUGCAACCUCUGCAAAAAACACAGCUGUUAUUUGAACUUGCAGGUGGAGUUUGUUAAUACACAGAGCCAGCGAUUUUUACUUAUUCUGUGUUUUGUUACUUUUGAAUAUGAAGAAGAAACCGGCUUUUGAUAGUACAACAAUGGUAAUGUAUACUUGUCUUCCAUUACAUUUAUGGAAUGAAGAUUACAGUU